AUGAAAUUGGAUCCAAAAGUUUACUCAGAAGCUACUAAAGCGGCAAAAACGCCACAAUUCAAAUAUCUAAUGUUAGGAUCAGUAUGUGCAGCAAUAUUACCAACGAGUAUAUAUAUGCAGCAACGAAAUUCUGCAAAAGAAAAACAAAAAGCACAAGAACAACUACUCAUGGAAAAAAAACCUGAAAGAAGGGAUUCUUUGGCAUCAAUGGACCCGUUACUAGAUGACUUCGACUCAUUUGGAACUGUUUCUGCAAUAUUAUAA